AUGGGUUACUUAUCUGUCCUUGAGCCCAAGGAUGCGCUUCAUGUCCCGGGCACGGUACUACUUGGGGAUACCGAUGUCCCAUCCCUUCAGGCGGCGCAAUCUCUCAAACACGUCAAGGGAAGAAACGGCCGCAUCGUUCUGAGCCCACAGCCGAACGAUGACCCGAAUAACCCCUUGAACUUCAGCCAGGCAAGGAAGAAUGUCAUGGUGGCCAUCACCUCUCUUGGUGUGUGCAUUUUUGGUGCCACCAUCAGCCCUCUUCUCAACGCCGGGCUAUUGGAUAUUGCAACGGACCUUGAUACAAUGGUUGCAAAGGUAGUUCAAGCCAGUGGCUAUCAGCUUUUAGUCGUCGCCAUCAUGGUCUUCCCUGUCAACGCGUGCUCAAGGAAAUGGGGCAAACGCCACGUAUUCCUUCUCUCGUCGUUGAUUGGGGUUGUCGGGAGUAUCAUCGGGUCAACAGCCCGGGAUUAUAACACACUCCUGGCCGCCCGGAUCAUCCAGGGGCUAUCAGCAAGCGCGUAUGAGUCGCUUGGCCUCUCCAUGGUCAGCGAUCUAUUCUUCGUCCAUGAGCGCGGGGUAUACACGGCAUUGAUGAGCUUUCUCCUGGGAGGAGUGUCCAAUUUCAGCUCUGUCAUUUGUGGGCCGAUAACAGCCAACCUGGGUUGGAAGUAUCUGUUUCACCUGCUGGUCGUCUUCGGGGGCCUGCAGCUCAUCCUGCAAUUUCUCUUCGUCCCCGAAACACAAUACCAGGGCCCCUUGGGAAACCCGCAUAUCCGAACCGACGCUCUCUACGAUAAAUCUUCGCAAUCACCCAGCGCCACCACAGUUGAGAACGUCAGUCCCAGUCAGCCGCCCGAUCUCGUCAAGCAAUCUUUCGCCAGCUCGUUGCGAAUCUUCACUGGAUCAUACUCGGAUGCGAAUUUCUUUUCGCUUGUUCUCACUCCAUUCGUGGCCUGUGCGAACCUUGCUGUCCUUUGGGUUAUCCUCCUCUCCGGCUACUUCCUCAGCAUCUACGUGGCGACGGCGUAUCUCCUUGCCGACAUAUUUUCAGCUCCCCCGUAUUUCUUCACAUCCAGUGGCAUCGGCUAUAUGUCCCUUGGCCCCUUCAUCGGUGGCCUUCUCGGGACACUCCUGGCGGGCUCCCUCAACGAUCCCGUCAUCCGACGAUGCUCGCGGCAGAACAAUGGCUACUUCGAGCCAGAAUACAGACUCCUCACCAGUGCCUUGGCGGUUCUGACAAUCCCGGGAUUCGUUGGGCUUGGGUACGCUGCCGAAACCGCCCAGUCUUGCUACCUCGUCGCAUUCUUACACGGAUUGGGACUGUUUGGAAUCAUGUUUCAGCUUAUCUCCACAGCCAACUACGCCCUCGACGCCUUCGCGGAGAUGAGCACCGAGACCUUUCUGUGUUCAAUGGCUGCGAAGAACCUGAUUAUUUAUGGCUAUUCCUACUUUGUUAACGAUUGGGCGGUUCGCGACGGACCCUUCAAGGUCAUGUGGGUUCUUAAUUCAGUUGCAGCGGCAUUGUUACUCACUUUUCCAGUUGCGUUUGUCCUCGGGAAGAGAUAUCGUGCUUGCUGGGCCAGCAGCAAGCUCCGAGAGCAGUUUGUUCAGCCUGUCUCCUGA